GUUGUCCUUGUUCAGCCCCGCCGCCGUCCUCACCAUGUUUUGAUCUGAAAGCUGUCAUGCCCACCAUAUCUUGUCUGUUAACACCCAUCUUGUCUCUUUUCUAGUUUCUUCAGACACGACCCCAUCGUCCACUUCUGCCAGAUCGACGCGCGUAAACUCAUACAGACAUGUCCGACUGUCCUAUCCUCAUUUGGAUGCUUUCUCUAAACCGCGAGUACACGAAAGAAGAGUAUGAUCUGUGCUACAAAACUGUCGCAGAAUGUGUUCCCCAUGCCAAGAUCACCUAUGAACCACCUAAUGCAGACAGUUUUCGACAAUUGAUGACCUACAUGAUGCCUUUACUGAUGAUGCGCCAUCGUCGUAUACCGCGCUCGAAAUGGAGGGACUGCGUCACCCAGAACGGAAAGCACUGGAUAGAACAAAGUCCCGAUGACAUGUCUCCCGAAAAAUUCUUACACUCCAUGAUUGGAUACCAGCUCUCUUAUGAAGCCUCUCUAUGUGGUAUGGCCAUGACACAGGGUCCACAGCGAAGCGUCGUCAACAUUGGCCUCGGGAUUCACUUGGUGGGUGUCGAGCCGCGAGGCAUUGAUGUCAAGACGUACAUCGAGUCCAUGAAACAUAAGAUCACAGACGUUGAACGUGCAUCUCUCGGGAUUGAACUCGGGGAUGAAGUUGCUCUCCGUCGGCUAUGUAUCAUUCUCUCCCUGAAAGCGGCCUACAUCAGGGCUAUCGGACAACCUGCCGGCUUCGAUUGGGGUCGGCUCAACUUUGAUAUUCCCCGUCAGUGUGCCUCUGGGGAUGGGCAUGCGCUGAAUGGAUGGGAAUUUCGCAUCUUCCGCGCCAGUCUGGGUGUUGCCCGAGGCGACACACUUUGCGAAGAGCAUUACCAAUGCGUCUGCGCAUUUUUUCGUGGCACGAAUGAAAGCAAGUUCAUCUGGCACGAGAGUACCAAGGAACUGGAGAACUGGGUGCAGUUCAUUAAUAUCGACCAAAUGAUCCGCGUCGUACCGAAGUUAUCUGCCUGAAGCUGGUGUGCUGUUUGUUAUCUGCUGUCUUAUCACAUUACUGGAUCUCGUAAUCAUCUGCUGUUUCCGUAUGUACUAUCCUGAUAUUCCUACACGAUUC